CCGGCCCUGGAGCGUGUGCGGCCUGCGGCGCGCCUCCUUCCUGACUGGUGCAUGCCUCUCCCUGGCGGGACCGCGAGGCUGUGGGGGGGAAGCGCAGCCGCAGACCGGCUGGACCCCUCUCCCGGAGGCUGGACGGCCCCGGCCUCACGGAGGACGCUGCUCAACCAGCGGCGGGCUUCAUGGCAUCCUUGGCCGACCGAGUGCGGAGCCAUGGGCGAAUCGCCGCCGGGCUCCUGUUUAACCUGCUGGUGUCCAUCUGCAUCGUGUUCCUCAACAAAUGGAUCUACGUUCACUACGCGUUCCCCAACAUGAGCCUGACCCUGGUGCACUUCGUCGUCACCUGGCUGGGCUUGUACAUCUGCCAGAAGCUGAACAUCUUCGCCCCCAAGAGCCUGCCGCCCUCCAAGCUCCUCCUCCUGGCCCUCAGCUUCUGUGGGUUUGUGGUCUUCACCAACCUUUCCCUGCAGAACAAUACUAUAGGUACCUAUCAGCUGGCCAAGGCCAUGACCACGCCGGUGAUCAUAGCCAUCCAGACCUUCUGCUACCAGAAGAGCUUCUCCACCAGAAUACAGCUCACGAUGAUUCCUAUAACUUUAGGUGUAAUCCUAAAUUCUUAUUACGAUGUGAAGUUUAAUUUCCUUGGAAUGGUGUUUGCUGCUCUUGGUGUUUUAGUUACAUCUCUUUAUCAAGUGUGGGUAGGUGCCAAACAGCAUGAAUUGCAAGUCAACUCCAUGCAGCUGCUGUAUUAUCAGGCCCCAAUGUCAUCUGCCAUGUUGCUCAUUGCUGUGCCCUUCUUUGAGCCAGUGUUUGGAGAGGGAGGAAUUUUUGGCCCGUGGUCAGUUUCUGCUUUGCUUAUGGUGCUGCUGUCUGGAGUUAUAGCUUUCAUGGUAAACUUAUCAAUUUAUUGGAUCAUUGGGAACACUUCUCCAGUCACCUAUAACAUGUUUGGACACUUCAAAUUCUGCAUCACUUUAUGUGGAGGAUACGUUUUAUUUAAGGAUCCACUGUCUAUUAACCAAGGUCUUGGCAUUUUAUGUACACUCUUUGGCAUACUGGCCUAUACCCACUUUAAACUCAGUGAACAAGAAGGAAGUAAGAGUAAGUUGGCACAACGUCCCUGAGUUUCUAUGGAGAAAACAAAAGUUGCUCUGAGAACGUAAGAAAUGUUUUAGUGUGUACGCUAAUUCCCAAAAAGAAAAAAAAAAGCAGUAUAAAGUCCAUCAAAUGAUGUGCAAGAAGUAAUAUAAAUUUUGUUUACAAA